UGAGCUGGAGAAAUAUUUUUUUGGUGUUUAUUGGGAAGGUUCAGAUUUGUUUUGUUUCUUUGCUGUGACAAUUUAAAUAUGAUACUAUAUGUAGACUGACAAAGGUUUUUUAAUAAAGAUUUUAAACUAUAUAUGCAUAUAUGCGACUUGUUUUGACUUUAUUUAAAAAGGCUGUUGCUAGGCAAGAAUAUACAAAAAUCAAGCUUCAGACAUUUUGUCAAAAUAGACCACUUAUUUAAUAAGAGCGUACGUAAAAUAAAGGAAAAAUGGAUGCCUUAGCCAAUGCCGAUGGGAAUAAACAAGAGACUGAUUUCGAUGAUGUCGCCGACUUGCUAUCGCCAGAGGAUGUAGUAGAAGUGUCUGCACCAAAUUUGCCAGUAACUUCAUACCGGAUGAAACCCUCAUUAAGGGAGUUGUUUCCAGCAUCGCAAAUUAAAAAUAUUAUUCAAGUAAUUAUUUACGACAAACUACAAGGGAAGGUCUACAACGCAGAAGAAGCACGUAAAUGGACUCGAGAGAUUUCAGAUGAAGUGAGCUUGGCUGUUAAGGAAAGAAUUCAAAUGCCACGGUUUAAGCACGUUGUACAGGUAACUUUGGGGCAACAGUUGGGUGCAGGUUGCCGCUACAUAGCAAAAUGCUGUUGGGAUGCCGAAGCGGAUUCGCAUGCAUCCGAUGUAUUCACCAAUUCUAGCAUUUUUUGCGUUUGCACAGUUUUUGGGGUGUAUUUAUACUAGCCGAUUGGUCAAGUCGACUUAUAACUUACCGACAUUAAGAACAACAAGUAAGUGAGUAAAUUAAAACUUGACCAGUUAACGCGUCCUGAAUUUGGUAUAAGCGAUUAUAGUGCUGCAAAUGUUUGUAGUUUUUUGUUAAUAUAAAUUAAUCAAUUAAACCUUGAGUGGAAAUAAAAUGAUGAUGUAUGUUUACAA